AUGACUGGAUUCAAUCCUGUGAAAAGGUUUACAUUUGUGGCAUUGGUGUUGACUUUGACUGCCAAUUCUUUGGCUCAGGAGCUUAUCCCACGGGAUGACGACACACCAGCAGCCGAGACCGAGACUCAUGCCGGCUCGAAAACUUUCCAUUGGUUGGCUACAAUGGCAAUGCUAUUGAUCUUGCCUUCUAUAGCAUGUGCUUUCAGCUGGGCAAACAGAUUUGCCUCCUCGGUGUUUUUGCAGGUUAUAGCAGCCGUUUAUGCUGUUUUUGAGGCUCUCUUCCUGUCCUUCCCCGAUAUGAAUGGCGUUGAAAACAGGACUUCAAAGGGAACCGCAUGGUUUCUCGCAUUUUUUUACUGUUUCACCAUCUUGGUGGGAGGUCUUGCUAGCGGGUCAAGUGCUUUUAUAUCCGAAGAUACUUCAAGCAGGUGGGUUGCGCUGGCAGGCCAGAAGACUCUCACAAGGGCCUACAAGGCUUGCUCAUUACUUGUCACCAUGACCGGUUGGGUCAAAACGUCUCUAGCCCCGGUGGCUAUGUUUGGAUUUUGCCGUGAGGCUCAUACAGGCCAGUGUAUCGCACACGGCAUUAUGGGCUCUGCCUUCGUUAUGUAUGGUUUGGUGUACAUCAUUGUUCUAGUGAUUCCAUGGCUGAGGAACGGCGAUGGCCAGAAGAAAAGUCAAGAAUACUACGACAGCAUCGUGAUGUGUGCCUGGGGAAUUGUCAACACUUUCACGGAGCAUCGUUGGGGACGGGAGGGCUGGUCCCAUGGUGAUUACCAACACACUUCCAUGGGCAUCAUAUGGUGGGCAGGCGGAUUGCUUGGUAUAUGGUUCACUCGUAACGGUGCCAGAUCGUUCAUACCGUCGUUACUGUUGAUUUUCACCGGCUAUGCAAUGUCUCAGCAUGCUCAGCAUCUGGAGAUAAGCACCAAAGUUCAUGCCAUGUUCGGUUAUGCCCUUAUACUUGGUGGCUUCUCACGUAUUGCUGAAAUUUCGUUUUUGCUGCGGGAUGACAGAGCAGACAAAUACAAGAUCAUAUCGUUCCAGUAUUUGCCCUCGUUUGCGCUCAUUGAAUCGGGAAUCCUGUUCAUGGGUGCCAAUGAAGAACAACUGGACCUGGUGGUGAGUUUGGGUGCUGACCAUUCCUCGUAUAUCUUGGUGCUUACAAGUGCUACUUUUGUGAUAUAUCUGUGGUUUUUACUUCUGAUAGAGCUUUACCUGAAGCUUGAAGGGUACAGUUCGAACUUGGGGAAACGCGAUUACGAAGCGGUGACGGACUUUGAACUGGACAGUAUGUCAGACGAUUUGAGGAGAGAGACUCCGAGUGAUGCUUAA